AUGUGUCCACCUGUUGACAAGGUUAAAACAAAGGGUGCACCGAAAAAAGGCAAAAGUAAGAUAUCAAAAAGAGAUAAAUCAACCAAGCGUGAUCCAUCUUGGUGGGAAUAUGUGGAUGCAAGUGUUCGAUGCAGUGGCACAAAUGCAUUAACAAAGCUCACACCUCGACCAUCAGUCAGCAAAGUUCAACAACCGAAAGUUCUUAUCUUCAAGGAAUGGUUGCCGGUUGAAAUUCACAAAUUCAUAGAUGACAUUAUUGACGUGGGUGAGGAUGGUAAUUGUGGAUAUCGUGCAGUUGCAGCUUUACUUGGAAUGGGUGAGAACUUUUGGGCAUUCAUUCGUCAAGAGUGUGUGGUAGAGCUUCAAGAAGUCAUGUCUCAUUACGAGAUAAUAUAUGGUGGACAAAUUUUUGUUCAACAACUUAUACGCAAUGUAUAUGUUGAACAUGUUGCAACUUUGGAUAAUUGGAUGACACUUCCAGAAAUGAGAUAUGUGAUUGCUUCGAAAUUUAACUUGGUUUUCGUCGCAUUAUCACUUAACCAAUCAGAAACAUUUUUUCCACUUAGAAGUCUACCACCAACACCUAUUUCAGAUCAUCGUAUGAUAGUUAUUGCAUUUGUUAAUAACUGUCAUUUUGUGCAGGUUUAUUUAAAGCCAAAUUCUCCUAUACCACCACCAAGUAAUUUGUGGAGAAAAUAUUGCACAGAAGAAACACGUUAG